UCCAAUGGUAACUUUGUCUGAAGUCUACCGGAAUGGCUUCACCGCCGUCGGUAGAGCACCCCAUACCACCGGACCGCAACACGAUCACUGUAGCACUGUCCGAGGAGCAAAUUGCUUGGGCACACGAGAUCAUCUCUCUCGAGCAAUCUAGUUGUAUUCGAGUUAAAUCAAACAUUGAAGGUGAAUUGUCAGUUCUUAAUCUACACUUGACUGAAAUCUCAACAGCUUCUACCAUUCCAAUUGCGAGAACACAGCAGGAGGCGCUUGGGAGAUUUGCAACUAAGGCGCCAGAAAUUCUAGCUCAAAUUCGAACUAUUUCCGAUGACACUCGAAAGGAUUCAGCCACUGGGGUUUGUGAUCCAUACCAAAGCGCACCUAUCACCAAAAUUUCAAACCAAAUGGUCGGCGAAAUCGCGGUGGAUGAACAUGGCGGCGAAUUCGUUGGAGCUCCGGCGAAGUUUUUCGGACAAGACUUGUACCAAAAUGAGCGCAUCAAUGCAACAGACAACCCCCACCAGGUAAAUGAAGGGCUACACUGAAUGGCAGAAAGGAAUGACGAUGAUCAACCGAAAAGGAUUAAAUCACUAUAUAAGUGAUUACUCUAUACACAAAUCAGGGCGAAGAUUAAACCAACUAUAAAGAAAGAAAAUUAAGAGCCAAAAGUUGGAUUGCCCAGAAGGAAAAAAAAUCAAGGCAAGCAAUGGAAAGGAUUGAAGACCUCCCCAAAUCAAGGAUCAAACCUAAGGAAUCACAACUGUGGAAGAAAAGGAGCAAGAUAGAAAAUCGACCUCAAGCUUGGAAAGAAAUAAAUCAAGAAGAAAGAAGAUUGGCAGAAUGAUAUAUCACAACACGCAUAUAUUUAAUAUGGACGUGUACUAUUAUUCAUCCUCAAUCAAGGAAUCAUUAUAAAUUCUUAAUCGAAAGAAACUCCCUUGAUUUUCCUUUUCAGAGCAUAAAGAGCCUCACUACAUAAACCUAUAAGAAGCAUGUUCCAUUUGAAGAAGGAGACUACACACUUCACUUGAACUUAUACUCCAU